AUGAAUGAUGGUGCCAUGACAGCUUGGGCAUGGGGCGUAAGCCGCAUUCUCGAUGUUCUGAAUGCCUUGCCUGACGUCAACAUUAAUCCGAACAAAGUCGCCGUCACUGGUUGUUCGAGAAACGGAAAAGGGGCAUUGGUCGCGGGUGCACUUGACAGUCGCAUAGCUCUCACCAUCCCUCAGGAGAGUGGCUCUGGUGGAACUGCCUGCUGGCGUCUCAGUGACUACGAAAAUCACAAUGGCACAACACAAACCGCAUCUGAGAUUGUACAGGAAAAUGUCUGGUUCGCGACGCAGUUCGAUGAGUUUGCGAACACUACUGUUGACAUGCUCCCAUUCGACCACCACAUGUUGGCAGGACUGGUUGCUCCAAGAGGUCUUCUAGUCAUCGACAAUAUCGGCUAUGAAUGGCUCGGACCUUGGAGCUCUUUCGGCUGCAUGAAGACCGCUCGCAGAAUCUAUCAGGCCCUCGGUACACCUGAUCACCUAGGAUAUUCAAUGUCUCCUAAUCACCUCCAUUGCUCUUUUCCAUCGUAUCAGAUGCCUCAGCUUCAAGCCUUUGUCGACAAAUUCCUCUUUGACAAAGCCUCGGACACCGAUUUCUUUAUCCCAGCUGGCAAUAUCACAUUCGAUGAUGCACAAUGGGUAGACUGGUCUACCCCAAAUUUACACUGA